AUGUCUCGUCGAAGAGCUUCUCACAGCGAGCAACUGUCCUCACUGUCGACUCUCAACGAGUCUCCAGCAUAUCCUUUUUCGAGCACUCAACAACAGCAACAAUACCAUCAACCGCCCCGCCGGGGGCCCAUUGAGGGCCCCAAUGGCCGUCGGUUGAUCCGGAGAGUCACCUGGCGGUCGUCAACGUACAAGCUCAUGGCCUCGCUAUGGGUCCUGGGGGUCUUUUAUAUCGUCUGGUUGAUUCGCGACCUUUUCUAUCUGCCAUUCACCCCGUCCGACGGGGUACCAAGCCCGAAAGCAGACGAUUUUCUGGCUCAAUUCAUGGGCCGUCAGGAGUGUGGGAUUUCAUCUCUAUCCCUCUACAAUUAUCCGGAGAUGGGCGAUGAACAUGGCUUCUGCCGCACCCGAGCCUCGUUGCUCAGUGCCAUGAGCAACGGUGGCCGUCAUGGCUUUGAUGCCGCUUAUACCUCACAGGGCUGUUCCUACCGGUGGUACACCACAGCGCAGAUCUGUGAGAUACUGCAAAAGUUCGAUGGUAUUGCCUUCGUGGGAGACGAUACCUUGGCCAAUGUGUAUGCCGGAUUCAACCUCCUUCUGCGAGAAAACCUGGCAUUUGGUGCUCUGAAGGAAUGGGAUUUGAGUCCCGAACAUCGCGAGACUUGUCGUUGUGACUCGCAGUUCACCAGCAAGUCCUGCUGGCCCCUGCGAGUCACCUCCAGCGAUCAAGUACCUACCCAGGAUGAUGCAGCCCUGACCCGCAGUCCCUAUGUCUGCUCGACCUCUACCCCGCAUGCAUUCCUCUCGAUUAACGGCUCACCAAUCACAAAGAGCGCACACGAAAAGUUUCAUCGGUUAAUAGCCCAGGGAGCAGGUCUCAAGAAGGCCCUCCCCAUCAUCCACAGCCUCUCCCACGCGGCUUCGUAUUCCCUACCAACCGCCCAAACCAGCAUGAACGAAUGGCAGGCUUUGGCCAAAAGCACUGGUCACAACGCCCCGUUCCUCUGGAUUGGCCCCACCGCACCCGGCCACCAGAAGAAACCCGCGGGUAACGAUGACCUUCCUGCUGUGUGGCAGUAUGCCAUUGACACGGCUGAAGCUGCGCAAGACAGGGAUAUGGACGUUCUUGGCAUGUAUAAUGCUACCUUGCAAGCGGAUAGCUUCGAUGGGACACAUUAUGGGGAGAAGGUGGCUUUGAUGCAGGCGAUGAUGGUAAGUCCACACGAUGUGGAAUCAAGAAUUCGUUUACUGACAGUUUGCUUCUCCAGGUGGUCAACUGGUUAG